AUGGAUAUCUUCCGAUGGCGAAGAAGGAAAGACAUUGGGUCACACAUGGACACCCGCUUUGGUGACCCGUCAAUAUCCGCUCCCACGCAGGGGUCGUGGAAUGAGAUGCCUUAUCUGCAGCCGGGAAUAGCAGAAUUUGCACCGCUGCCUAAUAAAGUCACUCGGUUCAAGACUCUGCUUCGGUCAGAUGUUGUCAAGUCACCGGAACUUUCCAGUAACACAGAUGACGCCAAUUUUCCGCGGCACCCAAUGGUGGAUAUGCAGGCUCGGAAGCGGUCUAUCUCCGUUGAUAGGAUCAAGGAGCGACAUGAUAGGCAAAGAAGCGUGAGUAGAACACGCCAAUCUCCAAGUCCCAGAGCACAAUAUCGAGCGUCAUGUGAGUCGCUGUCGUGUUCCGAGGAAGACGGAGAAGAACUUCCAAACCACGCUGAGUUUGAUCAUCGUGAGAGAGACAUUGAACGACGCAAUGUACCGAGCCGAAGCAACUCGCAGGAAGAUUAUUGGAGGGCGCAGUCCCGGAAUAAUCGACGAGAUAGUCAACAGUCUUCUAUGCAGCUUAAAUCUCCUCCACUUUCUGCAACGGCAGUCAUGCGUCGGUACAGUUCCCAAAGCGAGUCUACCCGCACAUAUUCAUCGACCCCUUCUACAGCAACUUUCAGCUCCAGACAUACCAGUGUCACUACUCCCGGGCUGUUUGGAUUUUCUGCAUCUUCCAUUCCUCCCUUGCUCAAAGAGGAGGAAUAUGCAACGAUGUUUGAUAAGGAUGCUCCUCCCGUUCCUCCUAUUCCUAGAGAUCGAAACGGCUCUGUUACCUCUUCGUCUUCGCCUCCUUCGGCUUCCCGCAGUGUCUUUCGUGAGCAGCAUCGCGCCGGACAUUCCAAUAAUAAACGGCGAAAUGGAGGCCCCGUUGGGCCACAGGAGCUGGUUCCGUCCAAUGAUGAGUUAUGGGGUUAUUGA